AUGGUGCUUACACAAUCAACCGGUGGGGCUGGAUUGAGUAUCACCGAGUGUGAACCGAACCCAUGUUGGAAUGGUGCCACGUGUUUUUCUGGAACAGAUGGUGUUUUGUGUAAAUGCAUUCCUGGGUACACCGGGCCUUUUUGCACGAUAGAUAUCAACGAAUGUGAAACAAAUCAGUGCCUGAAUGGAGGAACGUGUAGAGACGAAAUAAACACGUUCACCUGUGAAUGUGUACCCGGCUAUACUGGAAGUGUCUGCUCAAUAAAUAUCAACGACUGCCAUCCAUCACCUUGCAAGAAUAAAGGAACGUGUGUAGAUGGUAUCAACUCUUUCUCUUGUAUCUGCGUUACGGGUUAUACUGACAACACUUGCUCUACAGCAAUCGAUCGUUGUUUCCACGAUGAUCCAUGUGGAGUGAAUGAAGUCUGCACUGACACGAAUUUGGUAGAAGCUGGCUAUUAUUGUAAUUGUUCUGAAGGCUUCUCCCGAAGAAACGACAUCUGCAUGGUUUCUAUGGCUAUCGGUGGCUUCAUCAAAAUAACCCGUCUGAACGGUCUAGUAAUUACUUUCACUGAAUCGCUGAAUGAUCCACAAUCAGAAGAUUACCGAAAUCUUGAAAGAAAUAUUUUCAAAACCCUCUAUGAUGCUUUGAUAAACAUCAUUAACGACAACGAGUGGGACCUCUUCAUCACCGGAUUAUCGGCAGGAAGCAUCGUUGUCGAUUUUAAAGUAAUAAUCUUCAACCCGAACAGGGAUAACUUGAAGGAAAAAUCAAAAGCAGUCGAAACUUUACUUGGACUUCAACAACCAGGGGUUUGGGAAAGUGCAGAUGGUGCUGUCAAUCUAAACGUGGAGUCUAUAACUGUCUUUGGUGACAUUUGUUUUGCUACUCCGUGUUUGAAUGGAUUGUGCGUUACCUCACCUGGGGAUAUCAACUACAUAUGUUAUUGCCACUAUGGGUAUACAGGGCUGCAUUGUGAAACAGGUAGGAGGUAG